UAAUCUCUAACUUUAAUAAAAUUAAUUGCAAUUUAUUAUUAAAAAGUUGUUGUUGUUUCAGUAGAAAGAAUCGUAUCCUUGAUAAACAUAAUAAGCAAUUGAAAAGAGCAGAAAAAUCGCAAAUAUUGAGACCAAGGUUGUGCGUAUAGAAUUUGUAUCAACUUGCAAAUCAAUCGGAAUAAGCCUCGGAAGUGUAUCGCAUUGAAAGCGACAUAAAUGGCAUUGUCAAGGGAUGUUUAUAGGACAUCUCUACCGGAAAUCCGUUCACCAAUUAAAAGAAAAAAGGAUGUUUCAUGUAAAUCACGUUAUGGGCAGGUGCCAAAGAUGAAUGGUCAGUUGGAGCAAUUGGAAAAAUUGGAUCCCAAGAAGCCGUUUAAAGAGCAAGAAACUUUAUUUAUACAAAAACUACGGCAAUGUCGCGUCUUAUGCGAUUUCGAUAAUCCCGAUGCUGAUGUCGAGGGAAAACAAUACAAAUAUACGAUACUUCGAGACAUAAUGGAUUAUCUAAUACAAAUUCGGGAUACAUUAUCUGCAGCUAUACAUCAUGAAGUAAUCGGUAUGGUCUCUUGUAAUUUAUUCUAUACAUUGCCUUCAGUUGAACUUACGGAAGAUGAACGCGAAGAAGAUGGUUUAGUUGAAGAUGUUGCUUGGCUGCAUUUAAGCUUAGUAUACCAGGUGUUUCAUAUUUUUUUAUAUCAUUCCGGAUUUGUCCCGAUUAGCGCUCAAUAUUUAAUUAACAGGAGAUAUUUAUCGCAACUUUUGCAUCUAUUAUCUUCCGAAGAUAAACGGGAACGUGUUGCUGUAAGGAAAAUUUUAGUCGCGAUUUACAAUAAAUUCCCCGAUGUCCAACAAUUUUUAAGGAAAGAAAUAUGCUAUAUUUUUUUAAGCUUCAUAUCUGAAGGACGUUAUUGUAACGGUAUACCUCAGCUAUUACAAAUGAUGGUAGGAAUAAUUGACGGAUAUAAUAUAUCGAUUCAAGACGAAUAUUAUGAUAUUUUGGAGAUGGUGUUGCUACCUUUACAUAAAUGCAAGUAUUUCAUAUUAUAUUACAAGAAAUUGACAAAUUGCAUCAUAGAAUAUAUAAAAAAAUAUCCAUUUCUUCGCGAGUAUCUAAUAAAUAAUGUUUUAUCAUAUUGGCCGAAAACUUGUACGGAAAAGAAGAUAAUGUUCUUAGACGAAAUCGAAAUGAUACUUGAGCGUGUUCAUUCUCCAAAAACCAUUAAGAUCCAAGACAAUCUUUUUCAACGAUUAUUGGAAAGUUUAACCAGUCCGCAGUUUCAAGUUUCGAAGCGUGCUCUGUCAUUAUGGAAAAAUAAAGUCGUCCUCGAUUUGAUAUACAAAAGAAAUUUCUUCGAUUUACCUGAUUUAAUAUCAGCAUUAUAUCGCGCUGGUAAGAUGUGUUGGCAUUCGAAGACUCACAAUAUCAGCAUUUUAGAAUACUUGGUAGACUUAUUACAAUCUUUUUAUGAAUCAACUGUUAAACUACCACGCAAAGAUCGUAUAAAACUCUGGAAGAGAUGUAUACUAACCAGUCAAUGAAAGUAGCGAGCGCCUGAGCAAGAGCAACUCGCAAUGGAGCAGCAACAACUGCAAUAACAUCAACAAGGAUGAAAACCGAAUCAACAAGGAUAUGUGCAGCAGUUAAGUGAUUCAAAAGCAAUAAAAACAAGAGGAACAGAAAACAUGGGAAGAUUAACAAUAACUACAGCUAAAGUAACGAAAACAUUGACAACAGUCGAGCCAGUAACAGCAAUAAGCGAAACAAAUUU